AUGCCGCAUCGUCAUUGGUGUGAACGUUUGCUUUGGACCGCUAUUACCAUAGGCGCGGCGUGGGCAGCUUUAAGCGUCUCCCUCGGGCAAUUGCAACGUUAUAAUGACAACCCCACGGUGGUGACACUGGAAAAGGAUUACCGAGAAUGGCAAUACAGCUUACCAGCCAUCACUUUAUGCCCUGGAAAUCGAACUGAUCCACUAAAAAUGAUAAAAGCAAUUCAAAAACGAUGGAAUCUGGGUCCAGAUGACAAAAGAUAUGCGUAUUAUGCUAACUUCGUGUUAGCAGUGGCCAAUUCGGACCUGUUCCAUCUCCAGGACUAUGAGAAGUACAAAGAUGAUGAUCGUCUUGACGUAGAUCUUUUUGGAUUGGCUGUUGAGGUGAUGCCGGAAUUGCUGAUGAAGAUCUCAUCAUCACAGCCAGUAACCUUCCAAUGGGUACCAGUGAUGACAGAGAGUGGAACUUGCUAUGUCACCAACUCUGUGGCAACCGCGGACUUAGCGCUUAUCAAAUCGCAACUAAAUGCAACAAAUAAUCCAAUCACUUGCCACUAUUCAGAUACUGUUUGCUAUGUUAUAUUUGAAGUGACGAAAACAUCAUAUUACUACAUUCACUCACCAUACGACGUGGCAAAGACGUCAGAGAGGACCGGCAAAGUGUAUCCAUCUCUAAACCGUUUCACAGAGCUGAGUGUGACAGAAACUCGCACUGGUCAUGGUGUGAGGGAACUGUCUUCAAGACGUAGAGCCUGUCUUUAUAAUGAUGAGAGCCAGGAAGGGAGAAAGGUGUAUAGUACACAAAUGUGUCGUCUGUCGUGUCGCAGCCGCCUCGCAUUGGAACUGUGUGGUUGUCGGCCAUUUUACUAUUUUUACGAAGCGGGUCCAUUCUGCAACCCCGCGGGAAUGUGGUGUUUGUCGAAGUACAGCAAGGUAUUGGCUAACUUCGGGGGCAUCAAAUGCAACUGCCAGGCCUCCUGCCUUCACGCCGAGUUCAAAGAGAAAUUCGUGGAGGAUCAGAUAUGGGGCAAGGGACCAUUUCAAGAAAGAGGUUCCUUAAGAUUAUCAGUGGAGGCUCCAAGGACGCGCUACACACGCGAAAUCGUCUUUCACUUCGAAGAUUUAGUUGUAUCAUUUGGAGGUGCAGCUGGACUCUUCCUUGGAGCAAGUUUCAUAAGUUUCGUGGAAAUUAUAUACUUUGCUAUGGAGAAAUUAUUCAAGGUUUUCUCGAGGGAAGAGGAGAUAAAACCAGUGAUAAUACAGAAACGACCGUACGAGAAACGAAUAGAAGAAAUAGGAAUCAUUCUAAAAUCCCUUAAUUCACGGCAAAUACCUUACUAA